AUGAGUACCACUGCCCAACCAUAUUACGAUUGUAUCCGUAAAACUCUCGAGGCUGCCUUGUGUCUUGAGAACUUCCCAUCCCAAAUGAUCGAAAGACACAACAAACCAGAAGUUGAAGUCGGUAUGAGCAAGGAGUUGUUGCUCAACCCUGUAGUUAUCAGCAGAGACAAGUUUGAUAAAUGUAUGAUUGAAGGAUCUAUCAACUCUGUCAGAAUUAGUCUUGGCUUUAAGAAGAACGACCAAGUUGAGGAAAUCAUCUACAAACGUUUUAUGCACUUUUUGAUGCAACGUGCUGAACAAUUUUUGGUUUUGAGAAGAAAGCCAGUUGAAGGUUACGAUAUUAGUUUCCUUAUUACCAACUUCCACACUGAGGACAUGUUUAAGCACAAGUUGAUUGAUUUCGUUAUUAGUUUUAUGCAAGAUAUUAACAAGGAUAUCAACGAUAUCAAGUUGCAAUUUAAUGCUCGUUCUCGUGUUGUUGCCAAGAAAUACCUUGGUGCUUUUUAA